ACUUGUCUCGGUUGCGAAGGUAGUGGUAGUGGCGGUGUUCUCUGGAAGAAGCAAGUGUUUCCUCUGGGCUUUUUGCUUUGCUUUGCUACGUUUAGUAGCAAUAUUUGUAAUCCACACAUCUGUGUUAUUUGGCUUCCGGACUAACAGACGUUAAAUUAUCUCGCGUGAUAAUUAAAUGUUAAUAGUGUAAACUAGCAAUGCGAGGCGAUCGUAACCGUGUCUGAAAAAGCCCUCUGUGAACAUAAUAACGAUGCCUUCCCCGAUGGAGGGAUCUUCCAGAGAAGGUGACCUCUUUACUGUGAAACAUGAGCUGAGAAAUGCCAACCUGACGGGCCAUGUAGAGAGAGUGGGCAUUGAAAACUUUGAGCUAUUAAAGGUUCUAGGCACAGGAGCGUACGGCAAAGUGUUCCUGGUGAGGAAAGUGAGUGGUCAUGAUGCAGGGAAGCUGUAUGCCAUGAAGGUUUUGAAAAAGGCCACAAUUGUACAAAAGGCAAAGACUGCCGAACACACAAGGACAGAGCGGCAAGUGUUGGAGCACAUCCGCCAGUCUCCGUUCCUCGUCACACUUCACUACGCCUUCCAGACGGAUACCAAGCUGCACCUCAUUCUGGAUUAUGUAAACGGUGGGGAACUCUUUACACAUUUGGUGCAAAGGGUGCGAUUUAAAGAGCAAGAAGUAGCUUUGUACAGUGGAGAGAUUGUGUCAGCACUAGAGCAUCUACACCAGCUUGGGAUAGUCUAUCGGGACCUAAAACUUGAGAAUAUUCUACUGGAUUCAAGUGGUCAUAUAGUUCUCACAGACUUCGGCCUGAGUAAAGAAUUUGAUGAGGUGGAAAGAGCGUUUUCUGUUUGUGGCACUAUCGAGUACAUGGCUCCAGAAAUUGUGGAAGGAGGAGAGUCCGGACAUGAUAAGGCAGUUGACUGGUGGAGCCUGGGCGUGUUGAUGUACGAGCUUCUGACUGGCGGAUCACCCUUCACCGUUGAUGGAGAUGAGAACUCGCACACAGACAUCGCCAAGAGGAUUUCAAAGAAGGAUCCUCCUUUCCCCAAAGACAUGGGACCUCUGGCCAAAGACCUCAUCCAGAGACUCCUCAUCAAAGAUCCAAAGAAGAGACUGGGCUCAGGUUCUAAUGGAGCGGAGAAUGUGAAAAAACACCCGUUUUACCAGAAAAUUAACUGGGAGGACUUGGCAGCUAAGAAGGUUCCUGCUCCGUUCAAACCGGUGAUUCGGGAUGAGUUGGACGUCAGCAACUUUGCAGAUGAGUUCACAGAGAUGGAUCCCACUUACUCUCCUGCAGCUCUGCCUCAGAACUGUGACCGCAUCUUCCAGGGAUACUCUUUCAUGGCCCCCUCCAUCCUGUUUAAGAGGAAUGUGGUGAUGGACGACCCUGUCCAGCUGUGUGGGGGCUCGGAGAGGCCGGGCUCUGCUGCUGUGGCUCGCAGCGCCAUGAUGAAGGACUCUCCCUUCUAUAUGGGUUAUGAGAUGGACCUGAGGGACAGCGUUCUGGGAGAGGGAAGCUUCUCUAUCUGCAGGCGCUGCACACACAAGAAGACAGGACAGAAGUAUGCAGUCAAGAUAAUCAGUAAGAGAAUGGAGGCCCAGACUCAGCGGGAAAUAGCAGCCCUGAAACUCUGCGAUGGCCACCCUAACAUCGUCAAGCUACAUGAAAUUUACCACGACCAGCUUCACACGUACCUGGUCCUGGAGCUGCUGGGUGGAGGGGAGCUGCUGGAGAGGAUCCGUAGGAAGCAACAUUUCAGCGAGACAGAGGCCAGCCGCAUCAUGCGAAAGCUGGUGUCUGCCGUCAGUCACAUGCACGACGUAGGAGUGGUGCACAGGGACCUGAAACCGGAGAACCUGCUCUUCACAGACGAGAGUGAGAACUCCGAGAUAAAAAUCAUAGACUUUGGCUUCGCUCGCCUCAAACCGCCAGACAAUCAGCUCCUGAAGACUCCCUGCUUCACACUGCAGUACGCAGCGCCAGAGAUACUCAAAUAUGACGGCUACGAUGAGUCCUGUGACCUGUGGAGCCUGGGGGUCAUUCUGUACACGAUGCUGUCUGGCCAGGUGCCUUUUCAGUGCCAGGAGAAGAGCCUGACUCACACCAGCGCUGAGGAAAUUAUGAAGAAAAUCAAACACGGGGACUUCUCUUUUGAAAGCGAGGCCUGGAGAAAUGUUUCCCAGCAGGCCAAGGACCUUAUACAAGAGCUGCUGACGGUGGACCCAAACAAGAGGAUUAAGAUGUGUGGCCUUCGUUACAACGCCUGGAUUCAGGACGACAGCCAGCUGUCCUCCAACCCACUCAUGACCCCGGACAUCCUGGGCUCCUCCACUGCCUCCGUCCACACUUACGUCAAAGCUACCUUUAAUGCAUUUAACAAAUGUAAGCGGGAAGGUUUCCGCCUGCAGACGGUGGACAAGGCGCCGCUAGCCAAGAGGAGGAAGAUGAAGAAGACGAGUACCAGCACAGAGACCCGCAGCAGCUCCAGUGAGAGCACCCAUUCCUCGUCCUCUUCCUCCCAGUCUCAGGGGAAGAUUUCCCCUGGGGACGACACCAACCCGCAGCCCUCCAACAGCACGCCUGUAAACACACCCGUUGCCCUGGAAACAGACAAACCAGCACACUCAGCCUUUGACUUCUCAGAAGGAUAGUGAGGGAACAAGCAGAAAAACAGAUUCCAACAGUUUGACGACCCGCAGGAUGGCUCGGACCAGCGUAGAGACGAUGAUCUUCUCUUCCUCUCUGUCCCCGGCUGCUCUCUGCCUCUGGCUCACCUGCAUGGACGUCCGCACGUCUCCAAAAACCAAGCAUGCAGCAGGAGCAUCAACCGUCACCUCAAUAUCAAUCAAUCAAUCAACCAUCUCUAGCAAUAGCCUAUUCCCUUUUUUCUGCCUCUCUCAGCUUCACACACAGACUGUAUCAAUCAGGGACUGGACCGGGAAGGAGUCGUCACCGGUGUCCAACAUGAAAAGGGCUGCCUUACUGCCCCAGGUCCAAACAGACCAUGGAGAGACACGUUCAGUCUCGUCAUCAAAUCACAGCUCUAUCCCCGUCUGCUCUGUUUACCUGUCUCUGUCCGCGCCUCCAGAGGUUUUAAAAGGGAAAGUUGUAGUGUUUACACCUGGAUGCUUUGUAUUUCUCUGUCAAAAGAAGAGACGAAAAACAGCAAAAAGGAACGUGGGUCCACUUCUCUUUUCUGAGAAGUCUCUGCAAGAUGGAGCAAGAUAUUUAUAUGUGAAUUUUACAGACUGAAAUUUAUUUAUGAUAAGCUAUAUUGUUAACUUAUUCAUGGUUCAGACUGAUCUGAAAAGAAAUAAUGGAUAGUGAGUGUCUAAAAAAAAAAACAACAGAUAUUUUGUGUUACUGUGUUUUCUCCCUAUCAGCUUGAAAGACUGUUUCCAUGUAGUCUAAUAAUGGUCAUUUAUACGUCUUGUAGUUCUCAUAGAUCAUUAACGCUUUAAGUAGGUUACUGAGACAUUUUAAGAUUAUUGUAGGCAAAAAGAGAUUAACACCGUUAGCUGUUUGGUAAUGGUUGUGUACCAGUUUGUCAAAUUCAUGUAACCAAAAUCCUUUAUUUAUAGAGUCGGUGGAUUUGGGGAUUUAACUGCAGCUUUUUGUAGUAGUUAAAAAGUAAAUGUCCUUGUUCAUAAGGAUUAAAGAAGCUAAAUCUUUUUAUAGGAACAACCAAAUGGGAUGCAGGAUGUUCAACCAAAUCUGUGCUUUUAUUGUUGUAUGGGGAGCACUGCUGCCGGAUGGGACCUGACCCUACAAGCAGAGCUAAAUUUAGACUUUUUUUUUUUUUUUUUGCCUCUGAUGUGGGAGUACGACUACUUUCAAGGCUCAGCUUUUGCUGCUGCUCCACAUCGUCUGAUCCUCCAGUCAAUAUUUAGCCCAGCAGUGGAUUUGCCUUGUGUGGUGCAGGACUUAAUUGUCUCUUUAUAUCACUGCAUCCAAUUGGAUUGAGCAGAAAGUCCCCAUUGGAAAAUUCAGAUCAGCUUAGCGAGGGCGAGCAAUGGAGAAGUUCACGGUUGCGUUUUUUGUGAGAUCCAAGAUGCCAUAGAGCAGCUUUAAGUGGCUUCCUCGUCUGUUCAGGUUUUUAAAAGAUAGGAGUGUUUUAUGUGCCAAAAAAUGCAGCUAAAUAAGGAAAUAGUUUGUCGCUAUGAAUUAAAGUAGGACAGUUUACAGUAUGGUAGGAUUUUUUUAAGACAAACUUUAAAAUUGGCCCUUCUGAGUCUUUAAACUACUGCCAAAUUUGACCCUCUGCUCUGUUUACCAUGUUGUACUGCAUGAAUGAAAUGGUGAUCUUUGCACUGUUUGACAUCUUCACGUUGAUUCAGACAUCUGGUUAGUAUUAAGUCCCCAAUGCAUGACAUCACCUGAAGCAUCAACCUCCUCUCUUUCUUUUUUCAUUGGCUCUUUAAAGCAGUUUCUGACUUGAUUUAAUGCGAGUUGUUUGUAACUUGCACAUUUUGAAGUACCUGUUAAAAUGCAGGUAGUUUUACUGUUUGAGGUGUGAUAUAUUUAAACACCAAAACCCCAUUUUUACAAUAGUUUAAAUAUUGUAAUGUACCAAUGUUACAAUGCUGGUGUUAGCCAGGAUAGCUAAGCAAGUAAAUGCAAUGCUCUGUGAACUGUUUUUGCAAGUAUGUGUUUGUCUGUUUUCAUGGUACUAGUUCUGUAUUCUUUUGAUCUAUACAGGGGUAUUUGUGUUCAGUAUGUGACUAGUAACCGUUUCUCCUGCUCAUCCAGGAUACAAACAUCUUAGUUGGACUGAACUGUGUGCAUUUGACAACACUCCCUCAUCUUCUUCCAUUUUAAUGCACUCUGAUCUGAACCAAAGCAUUAACUUCAAGGUAGCUGCUCUAAGCUGCGUGAGGAUUUUCCUUUCAUGCAAAUAUGCAAAGAAAUGCUUCAUAUGUCACCGUU